GUGGAGCAUCAUGAAAUUUGUGCCUAUGACUAUGUUGAGGUGCGUGAUGGUCUCGAUGAGACAGCUCCUCUGAUAAAGCGUAUCUGUGGCUUCCAGAUGCCUACUCCGGUCGAGUCAACGAAGAAUACAAUGUAUGUGAAGUUCUUCUCAGACAGUUCUGUAGAAAAACAAGGCUUCACCGCCACAUUCCAAAAAGGCAAGUCAAUCCGUUUUGUCUCUAACAUGAUUUGA